UAUUUGGGAGAUUUUUGUUAUUUUAUUUAGCAAAUUGAAUUGUCUGCCUACGAAGAACAAGAGUUGAGCCGCUGCUCAGUGGGCAGAGAGAGAGACAGCGGGUAGAGCCGGCAUAUUUUCACCCCCAAGUCAGUGAAUUACAGUCCUGGUGGAUGUAGAAUUACUAUUUGACUGAAACAAUGGAAUUGUGCUUAGAAUUUAGUUUAUUUUGUUGAUACAUAGGCUUUAAGUUUACAGAAUUGUGUUCCCCACACACACACACACACACACACAGACACACACCUCUUCAGUGGUAGGUCCCGUUACAGUCGAUGGCUCCAGGAACACAUUUUGCCAUCAUGACUCACAAGGUGAAAACAAUACCAGCGUCUCUGUCGUGGCUGGUGUAGUCCAAUACAUGUGGUGGUACUCUCCAGGCGCAUGCCAUCUGAAAAUAUCUUGUAUGUGUCGGAGUGCGUUGAUGCAUCACCACUAACUCAACAGUGUGGUUGCCCUGACUGUAACAUGCAGUCACUGCUAAACAGAUGAGAGCUUUUGUAAAAGAAAUAUAUUGUUUGUCUUGAAUGAACACAGCUGGAACAAACACAAGUGUGUACCAGACGACUGAUGGUCAGACGUUGUGGGUUAAAAUCAAAUGUCACAUCUAGUUAGUAAACCCUCCGUGACGAUUACACGCGGUAUAUACUGUUGCAUAGCAAUGACAGCAGGCUGAAGAGUUCACAUGCUACACACAGAACAAGACGCAUGAUAAUUGUACCUUUUUCCUAUCAUUGGAGCACCCACACACAUAAUAACGCCUUACUAAACUCAAUGAACCAAAGAGUUAAAACACAUCUGAAUAUAGAGUUUGCAGUUCAAAGUAAAUUCAGGUCUGAGGGAUUUCAUUUUUUUUGCAAACAUCUCGUCAGGUAUUUGUUGUUUUGUGUUCUCCAAUCACUGUUGAAUGCUUCGACAGUAACCUGCUGGACAGUAAGGCAGAUGGGAUCGAGGUGUCGUACAAUGCAUGUGGCGUGCUCUCACACAUCAUGUUUGAUGGGCCGGAGGUUUGGUCGAUGGAAGAGCCGCGAAGAGACACGGUGAUGGACAAGAUGUGGGACGCCAUCCAGAGCUGGGACGUCACCUCACGGCGCAACAUCAACUACAGGUCAUUCGAGCCCAUCCUGCGACUGCUGCCUCAGAGCAUCGCCCCUGUCAGUCAGCACUGGGCCACAUGGGCUCUCUACAACCUGGUGUCCGUUUACCCAAGCAAGUAUUGUCCCCUGCUGAUAAAGGAAGGAGGAAUAACUCUUCUAGAGAAAGUUCUAGAACUGGAAAGCUCACAGCCAGAGACAAAGGACAUGGCCAGCAAAGUAAUGGAGCAGUGUGAAACCUUCAAAGAAGACCCCAUGGAAACCAGUCAUGGACAGGAGGUAAACUAUGGACAAAGAGGUUGACAUCAUCGGAGCCAUAACUCCCAGCAAACAUUAAACAAACCCACCGAAGGCCCCUACCACUGUCAUCACCACAAGGGGCAAUCAUGUGCAUUAUUGUUAUUCUUAUCAUUCUUAUUUUGUAGAGCAGAAAUGUGUCUCUGACCCUCUUCACAGCCAUUCGGACAAAACCUAUGACACAUAGGACUAAAGAUGUGGUGCAGGGAACUUACCUUUGCUACACUAAGCAUCUCUUCUGUUGGGACUGCUUUGUGGGGAUGGGUGAAUGCUUUCUCUCAGUGUGCGUGUGCGUGCGUGCGUGCGUGCGUGCGUCAAAGAUUUAAAGAUGGAACAGAACGGGUGGAGUGAGGCUCACUACUACUAACUGUGUAACAUAGAAGAAAAGGCUAAAAGCCGUGUAGUGUGCUGGAGCGCCAUCAGAGGUCUCAGCUCUCAGGCCCUCAUGGAGGCCACUGAGCUGUUGACACAGUGAAUAUUAGCCAUUAUGUGUGUCGGCUGCAGAAGCAUCACAUGAUGUUGACAGGGGGGAAGUCGUCCCAGACUGGCACAGUGAGUUCUUUGUUAUAUAUGUAAAUAUUCUCUGUUUGUCUCUUCCUUUUACUGUGUGUAUGUUUUAUAAUAUAACUGUAAACACUCAUGACUUUACUCUAUAUUUAAAUUUGUUUAGAUUUGACUGACACAUGGUCAGUGCUAAGAAACUGUAUACAGAAUACCCAAUCAUUCAUAUGUAGUGUGGCUAUCCUGGACUCUCUGCUCUUUAAAGGGUUAUUUAGACUUGGUUGCUACUUGUGUCUGUUUUUAAUGAUCUGGCAUUUGAACCUGAUUCUGUUGAUGAUUCUUAUUCGAAGUCAAAACAUCCAAAGUAACUCCACUUUAUAUGAGGACACUGCAGGUCCGUAUGCACAAAGCCAGGUUCAUAAAGAAAAGCUUUUCCCAGAUUAGUGUGGAAGAACUUGACUGGCCUGCAAAGAGUCCACUGGGAUGGACUGGAACGCUGCCUGUGAGCCAGACCUCAUCACCCAACAUGAUGCCUUACUUUCUCAAACCAGAAGAGUGCCCACUGUCAACUAUCACAUAUGGUGCAAGGGUAAAGAGUGCUGCAUCAAUUUAGUAUUGCAACCUUUCUCAAAUUCAUUCUUCCUUCCCAGCCGACCUGACUCAAAUGACAUCACUUGAGUCAAUGAAUUGGGUAUCACACGCUGGUCGGUGGUGAACCAUACACCACGCCGUCGCAACAGAAGUUACUGCUGUAAUGUCAUUGCAUCGAAAUAACUGCAAGUUAUCAUUAGAGUAGCGCUUCUGCUGUCUAUUUGAAAUGCUUAGUUGAAAGAGAAGGCAACCAGGCUGGGUGAAGUAGAUGUAUAAAUGUUAUGGACAUGCAAUGGUAUAGUCAGCAUCUGGAAUCUUAAAGCGCUCUGCAGCGCUUGCUGUGGUGAAGUGUGAUGCCAGGCGAUUAAAGGACAAGGCUACAGGAAACAAUUCUCCUUAACUACACCACCUCUACUGGUUGGUCACCAUGCUGCUCAGUACAGUAACUGCUGGGAGAAAAGUCCAAUAGGACAUUCUGAUGUUUAAAGUUCAAAUUAGGGUAAUCUGUUGGGAAGUAAAACCUGUCCCUCACAUGGUCCGCUUCAUAGAUUUCACUGAAUUCUGGAGAAACAAGUUUGAGCCCCACUUCCACUUCUAUACGCACGCACGCACUUGUGUGAAAAAGUGUUUGCCCCCUUCCUGAUUUCUUAUUUUUUUGCAUG